AGUCGACCUUAUUGCUGAGGGCUGAGCUAUAUAAGUGACGGACAAAGACCUGGACUGCACAUUCACCCUCUCUCUUUCUCACUCUAACUAUUUAGCUACUGCUCCCUAAACACAUCACAGAAACAAGCAGAAGUAAAAGAACUGUCAAUUUCACCGAGAAACUUUUGCUUUGCACAGAGUCUGUGGCUGGACUAUUUUUAGUGUGGAGCUGUGUAAGAGGAUAAUUUCCAGAGAUCGGAGGUCAUUAAAUGAGAGCCAGGAUGGGCUGCCUCUCAAUAUGGACCUUUCAUCUAUUUCUUUUGGGAAUUACAGGCACCUUUGCACAAGGGACAUGGAAAAGCAUUAGUGGAAGAUCAGGGACACCAAACCCAGAUGAGGAUGACCAUGAGUGGACCACAUGGUUCAAUGUAGAUCACCCUGGAGGGAAAGGAGACUAUGAGAAGCUGAAUGUCAUUCAUUUCUAUUAUCGAGCCCGUGUGUGUGAGUUUCCUCGAGCUCUAGAAGCACGCACUACCGAAUGGAUCCCAGCUCGCAACACUGGGGAAAGAGUACAUGCUGACCCAGCUGUGGGUUUCUGGUGUAUCAAUUCUGAACAGCCUGUUGGAAAGAACUGCUCAAACUAUGCUGUACGCUUCCUGUGUCCAAGAGACAAUCCAUCAAACGUUGAAGUGAUAUGGGGUCCAUGGUCAGACUGGAGUCCGUGUUCAGCUCAAUGCGAUCAGAUGGCAACACAGCAUCGCUCUAGAACCUGCAAAUCCAUUUCCAAGCAAUGCAACGGCCAAGCAGUAGAAGCCAGGUCAUGCCAAGGGCCACCUUGCCCCGGCUGUAAUCUGCAGUGUGUGAUGGGCAGGGUAAAUGCUGAGUGUGAUGGCUGUAUGUGUCAGGAUCAUACCUUGCUUGGAUCAGUCCGUAGUGCGGGGGGUCUCCCUGCACCAGGAGCUGCCAUCCUACAUGCUGGUCCAAGCCCUAAACUCUAUACUAUUACUGAUCACAAUGGGCAUUUCCAAAUCCCUGGAAUCUGCCCAGAUGGCAACACUACUUUGAUGAUCAAGCUGCAUAAUCACACUCCAUACAAAGUCAUUGUGCCGCAAAGCAGCAAGCGUACCUCCAUCAUCCUUUUGAAGCUAGAACGAGCAAAAAGAUUGUAUGUUCUGAAAAACCCUGAAAACAAGGCCAGAAGGGAAGGUCAAACAGCUGCCUUCUGUUGCAAGGUUAAUGGCUCACCUGAACCAGACCACUAUGAAUGGUUCCACAAUGGUACUCUGCUGAACAGGAGACAAUAUCAGUAUGACGAGACAUUGGUUUUGAAGAAUCUCAGUUUGGACCAGAUGGGAGAAUACUAUUGCAGAGCCAGUAAUGAGGAUGGAGCCAUAAAAUCCAAACCAGCCACAUUAACAGUUAUUGGACAAAAUGAGCCAUCAUGCAAUGCUAAGCCUGAUCCCCACCUAAUCCGGCUUCCACAUGACUGCUUUCAAAAAGAGACUAACUCGUUCUAUUACGAUGUGGGUAGAUGUCCUAUAUCCACAUGCACUGGGAAGCUGGAUAAUGGCAUCAGAUGCAAAGACUCAGUGUCCUACUGCUGUGGAAUUUCAAACAUGGAGGAAAAAGAAAUUCAAUGUCAGGGCUAUCAGUUACCCAUCAUGGUAGUAGCUCAGUGUGGUUGCAAAACAUGUGUGGAAACCAAAGCUAUUGUUCGUGGACGUGCUAUUGCAGCAGACACUGGUGAGCCCAUGAGGUUUGGACAUAUCUACAUGGAUGGCUCAAGAGUAAGCCGAACUGGAUACAAAGGCACAUUUUCAAUCCAGGUACCAACAGACAGAGAGCGUCUGGUCAUCACAUUUGUGGACAACAUGCAGAAGUUUGUGAACACCACCAAAGUACUACCAUUCAAUACCAAAGGUGGAGCUGUUUACCAUGAGAUCAAGCUAUUGAGGAAAAAGCCAGCUGUGACCAUUAGCUCAAGAGAGACUAAUAAGCUAGACCUAGGAGAGGUUGAGGGCCAGGACCCUAUUGCUGAGAUUGAGAUCCCACCCAACACAUUCUAUAAAGAAAAUGGAGAGGUAUUUAUGGGGAAUGUCAAGGCCAGUGUGACUUUCCUGGACCCCAGGGAUGUAUCAACAGCAGCAGCUGCCCAGAGUGACCUCAACUUCAUCGGUGAUGAAGGUGAUACUUUGCCAUUGAGAACUUAUGGAAUGUUCUCUGUAGACUUCAGGGAUCAGGAAGGAGCGGAGCAACUCAAUGCUGGUGAGGUGAAAGUGCGUCUCGAUGCAGCACAAGUGAAGAUGCCCGAGCACUUAAAGACUAUGAAGUUGUGGUCCCUUAAUCCUGAUACUGGCUUGUGGGAAGAGGAGGGGCAAUUCCAUGCUGAGAAACAGCAACGAGGGAAAAGAGAGGAGAGGACCUUCCUUAUAGGUAAUAUGGAAAUCCGUGAGAGGCGACUGUUUAACUUGGAUGUACCCGAGAACAGGAGAUGUUAUGUGAAAGUGAGAGCUUUCCGCAGUGAAAGAUUUAUGCAGAGUGAGCAAACUGAAGGAGUUGUUGUGACUUUAAUAAAUAUGGAGCCCACACCAGGGUUUUCAACCAACCCUCGGGCUUGGGGUAGAUUUGACAGUGUCAUCACUGGUCCAAAUGGUGCAUGCCUUCCAGCCUUCUGUGAUGAACAAAAAGCAGAUGCAUACACAGCUUAUGUCAUGGCCAACCUUGGGGGAGAAGAGCUUGAGUCAGUAGCAUCAUCUCCAAAGUUGAAUCCGAACAGAAUUGGUGUCCCGCAACCCUAUUUGAAUAAACUUAACUAUAAACGCACUGACCAUGAUGAUCCCAGAAUAAAAAAGACAGCAUUCAGCAUGAAUGUGGCCAAACCCAGGACAAAUGCAGCUGAGGAAGCCAAUGGUCCAGUUUACUCAUAUGACAAACUUAAAGAGUGUGAGGAAGCUCCAUUCAGCGCAGCUCACUUCCGUUUCUCAAGAGUCGAGGGAGAUCGCUAUGAUUACAACACAGUGCCUUUCAAUGAGGAUGAUCCAAUGAGCUGGACAGAAGACUACUUGAGUUGGUGGCCAAAGCCCAUGGAAUACAGGGCUUGCUAUAUUAAAGUCAAACUCAACAGUGGCCAUGAGCUCAAUGUUCGUUCUCGCAAUAUGGGGGGUACCCACCCAAAAACUGUUGGCCAACUGUAUGGUAUACGUGACAACCGAAGCAUCCGAGACAGGGACCAAUCAACCAUUUCCGCAGUGUGUCUGGAAUUUAAGUGCAGUGGGAUGCUCUAUGACCAGGACCGAGUGGAUCGCACUCUUGUAAAUGUAAUUCCUCAGGGCAACUGCAAGAGAGACAGUGUAAAUAGUAUGCUACAGGAAUAUUUGGUAAAUCAUCUCCCACUGGCUGUCAACAAUGACACAAAUGAGUUUACUAUGCUUGCUCCUCUGGACCCACUGGGCCACAACUAUGGUAUCUAUACAGUGACUGACCAAGACCCCCGCACAGCCAAAGAAAUUGCGCUUGGCCGUUGCUUUGAUGGUACAUCAGAUGGUACCUCCCGAGUCAUGAAAAUCUAUGAGGGUGUGGCACUGACAUUCACCUGUGGAGAUAAAGAGGUCACUAGGCAGAGUAUGUUCCAGCAGAUGCAGAACUCACUGGGUCAGGCCACAGCUGGAAGUGCACGGCAGGGACGAGGAAACAGGAGGCAGAGAGGAGGCUCAACAGCACCUCGCAGUAGGAAGAGGAGUACUCGUUAUUCCAACACACGUGCCCAGACCGUUGGCUGACAUCCCAAGCAGAACUUAACCCUAUAUGAGACAAAACAGACCCAUUUCCAAUGGGGGCUGCUCUUAUAGGAGUUUUUAUCAAGUUCAGUUCCAAGUUACUGAAUUUAAGUCAUUUCAGAGCCAGAAGGAUGUGAGGAAAGUACAUAUGUACUUGUAUAUGGCUGGGGUAAAGUCCAGUGAAUCAGUCAUUUAGGGUGGCUGAUAAAAAUGUAAACUGGCAAACAAUAUUACGCAUUUCAUGAAUUUCAUAGCAAAUUAUACAGAGGGAAGGAGAAAACAAUACUUUUUCAAUUAACUUCACAAUUUUACCCCAUUAAAAGCUAACAAAAACCUUACAAAAAGUACUCUAUUUUAGAAAUAGCAACUCCAGAGGAACCUGCGCUUCAUGGAAGUUAUAUUUUAUGCAUUUUUAUUCACUUGUACUGUGGCAAAUAUUUUAUUACUUGAAAUUGUAUAUAUAGAAUAUUUAUUGCAUUCUUCAGAGUACUAAAGACAAAGCAGUUAAACAACCCUCUUCCACCCAACCAAACCAUUUGGUGCCAUUUAUCAUUCACAAAUUUGAAAAACUCUGAAGUUGUCCAAACUCUAAAAAUUUGAAUCUUAAAAAACAACACUGCCUUUGAGUCUUAUUAUUAUAAUAAUUACAAUAAGUAUAUUAGUAUUAUGAAUUUUCAAUUUUAAUGAUUUUGUGAGAAAAUUCUCUCCAAAGUUUAGAAAAAAUAUUUUUAUGAAUAUUUUUGCUGCUUAGCAAAUAAGCUUAAAUUUAAUUUUACUACAUGCAUGCCUGUAGAAGUUAUUGUAAAGAUAUAAAAGGUCAAACUAAACAAGCCCCGUCUAUCUGUUACUUUAGCAAGUAAUCAUUCAAAUCUACCAUCAAGAGCGAACAUACUUUUGGUAACACUUCACAAUGAUUAAAGCGAGUUACAAUGAAUUAACAAUAAACAAAGCUUUUAAAGCAUUUAUUAAUUAUAUACUACAUAUGCUUACUAAUCAAUUCUUAACAUAAAAUGCAGUCAUCCAAAAAAAUUUAUUCUCUCAUGAUUUACUCUAAUCCAAGAUAUCUACUUUCUUCUGCAGAACACAAAAAGAAAUUUUUUUGAAGAAUAUCUCAGCUCUGUAAGUCCAUUCAAUGCAAGUGAAUGGUGAUCAGACUUUUGAAGCCCAAAAAGCAGAUGCCGGCUGCAUCCGAAAACGUAGGCAGCUGACUUGCUGCCUAAUCAGUUAAUGGCUUAACCGACAGCGUUUAUGAAUUGAUGGAACUUUUAGGAAACUGGUCUUGCAAAAGUUUGAAAAUCACCAUUUUUUCCCCCGUAUACAGCCUCCAAAGGGAGCAUUUUCCAGUUUUCGGAUGCAGGCAUAGUCAGCAUAAUCCAUCAGACAACAGUGGUUUAAUCAAUGUCUUCAAAAGCAAUCCAGUUGGUUUUGGGUGAGAACAGACCAAAAUGUAACUCCUUUUUCACUGUACAGCGGUCUCCUUGGUGAUCGUGAUUUCAAGCUUGUGCUUCCUUUAGCUACCAUUCUGUGCAUGCGUCAAACACUAGUAUGUGUAAUCGACUGCUGUCAAGAUGCACAGUGGAAAAUUAUUUACCCAAAAUCAACUGGAGCGCUUCAGAAAUCAUUGAUUAAACCACUGGAGAUGUAUGGAUUAAUUUUAGGCUGAUAUUCUUCUAAAAACUCUGUUUGUGAUAAGCAGAAGUCAUUAAUGCACAUCUGGGAUGGCAUGAGGGUGAGUAAAUGAUUUUUGGGUGAACUAACCCUUUAACAUUGACUAAUGCAAUACUGUACACUAUCACGAACAAACUAUGACCAAUAGUGUAUUUAUAUAUUAACAUUAACCAAGAUUACUAAAUGCAGUCAAAAUGUGUUCAUUGUUCAUGAUACCCAGUGCAUUUACAAAUGUAAAUGUAUAGACUCUUAAGUGUUACCAUAUUUUACAUGAUAGGCAAUUCCGAGAAUCUUAAAUCAACUGAUCAAGUGUGCAGCAAUACUGAAUAAAAAAAAACCCUCUGUAGGAAAAGCAAAACAAAAAAAACCUCCAAUAAAGCAUAAUUCAAUUGAUAUUUGUUGCUUUUAAAUGAUGACACUGUCAAGUUCUACAAAUUAAAGAUGAUGCUUGAUUUCA